AUGACUUUCUUUAGUCCAAAUAUUAGUAAUAGAAGUUUGGAAACGGAAUUGGCCGAGAAUUUGUCCCGGGAUGAGCGCUUGGCUCGAGUUGAAAUAGCCCUUUUAAGCAUAAUAUUUUUCAGUGGAGCAAUCUUAAAUUUUGGACUGCUAUUUGUGCUGUGGAAGAGGAGGAAGCAGCUGUCGAGGAUGCGCGUCUUUGUUUUUCACCUUUGCCUGGCAGACCUUGUUGUCACAUUUUUCCAAGUUUGUCCGCAGCUGAUGUGGGAUGUAACGGACAGAUUCUUCGGUCCUGACGUUUUGUGCCGCCUGGUGAAAUACCUGCAGGUCGUUGGCAUGUUUGCCUCCACUUACAUGAUUGUAGUGAUGACCAUUGAUCGCUAUCAAGCAAUCUGUAACCCAAUGGUUACUUUCCAGAGGCGGAGAGCGCGCUGGAACGUGCCUGUGUGCGUUGCUUGGUCUGUAUCCCUCAUCGGGAGUCUCCCUCAAGUGUUCAUCUUCUCCCGAGUUCAAAUCGCGCCUGGUGUCUAUGACUGCUGGGCUGACUUCAUCAAACCGUGGGGGUUAAAAGCUUACGUGACCUGGACCACUCUAGUGAUAUUUGUCUUGCCCAUCUUAACUGUUAUCGUGUGCCAGGUGCGUAUUUGCCGAGCUGUUCAAAUCAACUUUCACAUGAAAACUCAACAAGUAUCGACAUUUCUCGCCAAACCGCUGCCCUCCAGGGCAAGUAGCGUUGCUGGGGUGUCUAAAGCCAGGAUCAAGACUGUGAAGAUGACUUUGGUCAUUGUUCUUGCCUACAUUAUCUGUUGGACUCCUUUCUUCACUGUCCAGCUGUGGUCCGUCUGGGAUGUCCAAGCACCGACUGAGACUGCAACUUUCACCAUCCUGAUGCUCCUGGCGAGUCUGAACAGCUGUGCAAACCCCUGCAUCUACCUGCUCUUCAGUGGGAAGCGCCCCAAGAUACGUGUGGCUUUAGUGUGUGUUAGCCAGUCGGACAUGAAUGACUCCAUACAAGAGGACGCCACUGUGGUUAGCUCGCGGUACAGUUCCAAGAGCCUUUCUAACUCCAGAUGA